CUCUUAAAAACCCACCAGAAAAGGCUUCCACAGACUGAGAACCCAUAAAGACCCAGAAAUCCUAGAGGUACGGAUCUCCCAGUGUACUAAAUAGGGUCCUUCUGCUAUGGAUUUUUGGUCCAAAUUGGAGUUAGUUUCAGCUUUUGGAUGUGAGAAAUGGCCGGCUUCUUCUAUCUAGGUGGAAGAGAAGAGAAACCAGAGAAAGAAGAGAGUCUCUAUCUGUACAGAAACCAAGAGAUCUACAACAAACAGGGGUUUGAGAUAUGGCCGCAGUGUUACCAGCAAACUACCACCAACUUCACCUCCUCGUUUGGGAGAAACUUCAUCGUCUCCGAUGAUCCCAGAUCCUCGGCGAUGAGUCGGCAAGGGGGCAUGAACUGCCAGGACUGCGGAAACCAAGCUAAGAAAGAUUGUGUCCAUAUGAGAUGCCGGACUUGUUGCAAAAGCCGCGGGUUCCAGUGCCAUACCCACGUCAAGAGCACUUGGGUACCUGCAUCUAAAAGGCGCGAACGCCAGCAACAGCUCGCGGCUUUACAACAACAACAACAAGAGCAGCAGCAGCAGCAACAACAACAAUUGCAUCCAAAAAGGCAGAGAGAGAGUCAAGGCGCUUCGUCCUCUCUUGCCUGCACUCUUUUCCCCUCUAGUACGUCAGGGUUGGAACUGGGACAAUUCCCUCCGGAAGUAAACUCGCCAGCUGUCUUCCGGUGUGUAAAAGUAAGCGCAAUGGACGAUGAGGAUGAGGAGUACGCGUAUCAAACGGCUGUGAACAUUGGAGGACACGUGUUUAAGGGAAUUCUAUACGAUCAAGGUCCGGAAAGUCGUUACACUACCAGCAGCGGUGCAGAGAGCUCUCAUCAUCAGCAGCUCAACCUCAUAACUGCCGCCACCACGGCCACCACCCCAACAGUCACCGCAGCAGGCUCUUCCAGCAACCCUGGUGGUGUCAAUUUGCUUGAUCCUUCACUAUACCCAACUCCACUCAACGCUUUUAUUGCUGGUACGCAAUUUUUCCCAUCUCCAAGGUCUUGAAAUUAAAAAAAAAAAAAGAAACAGAAAAAGAAAAAAGAAGCUUCAUUCUCUCUAGAAGCUUCCAUUUGUGAUCAUAGAUUUUCUAGAUUGUUCUCAUUGUUGUUUUAGAAAACAUAGAAAUGAGGAUAGAAACUGCAGCAAGAUUGCAUAUGAUAUUGGGGAUGUUUCGAAUUUCAAUCCAGAUUUUCUCUGGUUUUUGAUUUUAAUGUACUUUAUGUGGCAUGUGAAUGUGUGUGCUUUGGUGCAUUAUUUUUCACUUUUUU